UGUGUGUGUACACCACAUUCUGUUAAGGCUAUACAGGGUGGGGGGGGUCUUUAUCAUUGUACACUCGGGUACAAAGUGGAAUCUUCGUCCGUCUAAUAUCCGACCAUCACGUAUCCACCCUGACCAGUUAUCCUCGCAUACCCAGCGCAGUAUUUGCGAUGUUAACUGUCUAUGUGCGGCACAGGAGGGAGCUGUGUAUUCCAUUGUACCGUGGGCAGGAGGCAAGGCGGAGAGGCGGCGAGCGAGCGGGACCGGGAGGAGCUGCUCAGGGAGGCGGCGUGCCUGGGGGACGUGGACCUCGUCAAGAGGCUCGUGAGCGAGGGCGUCGCCGUCAACUCGGCCAACGACCUCAACGGGUGGACGGGGCUGCACUGGGCGUGCAAGCGAGGCCGAGGGUCCGUCGUCUCCUUCCUGCUGGAGUCCGGCGCCGACAAAGAGGCGCUCACCGCCAAGGGGGAGAAGCCGCAGCAGCUCACCAGCAACGUGGCCAUCCUCUCCCUGCUCGGAGUGGAGGAGAACGGCCACCGUGAACUGGCGCCAGCGGAGGGCGAGCUGCCCAUCGUUCCCAACUACCUGCAGAGCCCCAUGCUGGCCUACGUGAGCGACGCGGGGAGGAGGGUGGACGCGGAGAUGCGGAGAGAUUCCACGCGGGGCUCCGCAUCCUCCGCUUCCUCGUCCGCCUCCUCCAACAAUAACAACGACAACGACGACUCCACGGCCCUCCCCGCCGGGGUUCCGGCACCGCAGGCAAGGGCAGCGCAGGGGGCUGCCGUCACGAACGGCGCUCCACACGGCAUGGCGCCUCCGUUCCACCCCUUCUUCUUCCCAACGGCCUACCCCCUCAUCAACCAAGAGGAGCUGGUGGUGAAAGUUCGACUCCAGCCCGGAUGCACGGGAGCGCCCGUGGACGUGGACUUUGUGGAGGUGGAGCUGAGCCGGCGGGACCUCACCAUGGCCUCGCUGGUGCACACGUGCAGCCUGGAGCUCGGGGUGGAUCCGGACAAGGUGACGCGCGUGCGCAAGCUGCCCAACACGCGGCUGCGCAAGGACAAGGACCUGACCCGCCUCGCCGACUUCCAGGAGCUGGAGCUCGUCCUGGGUGGGGGCGUGGGAGGCGAAUUGGGGGGGCUGUCGGUGGUGGGCUCGCAAGACUCGCUCGCCGAGAAGCCGUGUUUUAAUGCGCGGGCCUCCAAACUCACCUACUAGCCGUUAGUCCUAGCCCUAUCGUAGCCCAAUCCUAGCUCAAUCCUAGCCUAGCCCUAUCCUAGGCCAAUCCUAGCCUCGCCCUAGCCUCGCCCUAUCCUAGCCCUAGCCUAGCCCUAGCCUAGCCCCAUCCUAGCCCAAUC